AUGAAUGUAAAAGCUUUAGUGAUUUAUUUAUUUAUUUAUUAGUAAAUAAACAAAUAAAAUAAAGGAUUAACAAUAAAUCUAUAUAAAUAUCUUUUAGAUUUUAAAGAAAUAUCAAUUAACAUUAUUAUAAUAUUAAAGGAAUACUAAUUUCUUAUUGAUUUUUAUUAAUUAAUACAAAGAGUAUUGGCAGAGGGGUUUAUAAUAAAGAAUAUGCAGGAAGAUUAGAUUAUAAGCAAUUGUGAAUAGGUUAAGCCACAUUUUAAAUAAAAAUAAUCCCCAGGUACAUUUCAAAAAUUAUAAGAAAAUGUUAUUGUCCUGUAAAAAGAUGAUGUGAGAAAUAGUAGCAGUAAUAAUUUUAGUAACAAUAACCAAGGCAUUAAUAAUAUGACACCUAAUAUUAAGCUUCCUUUGACAAUGGUAGGAAAUGUAACGUUAUCUAAAGGAAUGUACUUAACAUUAAUGAAAAGGAGAGAGUAAAAAGCUUUUGGAAAUACCUCAUACAGCAGCACUCCUAGACUGUAGUCUACAUAAAAUAAGAUUCAGUCAAAUAAAUAAUAUCAUAGUUGCGCUCGUAUAAAUGUUCCAUCCUAUACUAAAUUAAAUUAGGUCACCAAUUAGCAUGAUUUUAAAAAUGUGAAAAAUAGUAAAUAAAACUCUAUUAAAAAAUUAUUGGGCACAGAAGAUGCCACUUACAUGUUAAGGUCCUAGGUUAAAAAAGAAAAAAGUAAUAAAUAUAAAGAUAUACAUAAAACAAAAAAAAUAGAUAAAGAAAAGAAUAAAAAGAAUGCAACAUGUAAAAGAAAAAGAAAGAAUUCUAUUACAAGUGAAGCCGAAGGAGAAUUUGUUUUAAAGGAUAUCACAAGAUAAUCUUAGAAUUAAAACUAACAAAACAAAAAUAAAUAAAAUGUUGAAAAGAGUUGCAAAGACAAAAAGGUGUCUACUCAAAAAAGUAUCAGCAAAAGUAAAAAUUCUUAGCCUUAAAAAAAAACUUAAGUAUAUUCAAUGAGAGAAAGAUCGAAGUUUUAUUAAAGAGGUAAUUAGCUUAAAAAAUCUGAAUAGAAUAGCAAAAUAUCUGAAAAUUAUGAUUAAGUGAGCAGUAAAAUAUCUGAAUAAAGUAGAGAAAGUGCUUAUUAUGAUAAAGAAAAUUAACAAAUGUCAAGUAAUAUAUCAUAUAGUUCAUAAUUGUCGGCUGGAGAUAGCAAUAUUUCUAAAAAUAGUAAUUUAAACCCUUUCUCAGGACUGCAUUAAAGUACUAGCAUGUGGCACGAAGAGGCUUUAGAUUUGUAAACCGAGAGAGCUAUGUUCAUUCAAAAGUUAAAAAGGGAUAAAAAGAAAAAAUACUCAUAGUCUCCUAAGAGAUGUGUACCAGGUUUCAAAGUCAAAUUUGAAACAUCUAAAAAUAAAAUAUAUUCUUUUAAUUGCUUUCGAGAUAAAGAUCUAGGCUUUGAUAAAUAACACAGAGACACGAUAGAUCUUGAAUAAGAUAAUGAUUAUGAAACAGAUUGCGAAUAAAUAAAAGAAUCGAUUUUAAAUGUAUUUUAGUCUCUUUGUGUAGCUGUGUGUGAAGAAAAAAUAAAUCAAUAAAUUUAUGGGAAGACAUAAUCAAGUAUAUAUUGA